AUGCCACAACGCACGAGUGCUGGACUUCAUCAACGAACUCUCGAUCGUUGGCUCCGGCGAAGCUCAUCUCCUCAUGUUAGCACAGAGCUCGGUACUACAUCAACAACAUCAAUCGAGAGCAAUGGACUCAUGCAGCUGACGGAUCUGCCCACCGAACUUCUUCAGAAAAUCCUCAAAGAGGUGUUCUGUGGCGUACGUCUAGGCUGCAAAUAUCGACCUUCCACUCACACAGUCUUAAUAAGAUAUCCCUCUCAUCUCCUGGUAUCAACGACAUAUUUCGCAGAGGCCAAGAUUGCGCUUCUUGAACAAGCCACCAUCAGUCUGCCAUAUGCGUAUUUUCCAGUACUCCAGCUGCCAAUUCCCCCGGAUUUCUCUCCCGAUUUUGAAAUUGUCCAGCGAUUUCAAGUCUUCAACAUCUGGAAAGAGACCUUCGCGCUAGACUGGUCGGGCGAUCAGAUUGUCCUAAACACUCACGAAAGGGAUGCACCGCCUGCUAUUGAAGUGGCACCACUAAAGAACAGCUUGACGCUGGAGAUCAAGCCUCCAACCUGGUCCAACCACGUGCCAGAUACGUGGAGACUUCUACGUGAAUCAGGAGAAGCUAUGACUGAGCUUGCCGCUCAUAAACACCUUUACCCGGUAGAGAUCGAAAAUGCGCUGAGAAACUGUUUCAACAGCUGGGCCGGGAGUCUUGAACUGUUGUUGCAGCGAGACAAGUCUUCCAAGCUCUGCGUGGAGCUGGACUUGAAGGGUCAAUUCGCAGGCUCUAUCAAGACUAGGGCGCGUUGGGCCAGCCCCUGGGCCGUUUUCACACGAAACCUCGACUGUGUGUUGGAUCUUUCGGUAUGUGUAGCAAGUCAAACCAACAGAAGCGUCCGUACUAAGUUCUACUACACAGACAAUCAUCCCCAGCACGCGCGCCAGUCUUUUGCGCUAAUGUCAGACAAGGACGAGGCCUACACCUUGAAGGACGAGCCAGCGUUCAACAGUCCCAUGACACCAUCAUCCUUCGACAAACUGGUUGACAAACAUGUCCGCUAA